CACGGCAACACACAUACAUACAACGUACAUCAGUUUUCCACUGACUUCACGAGGGAAAACAAAAAAUAAUAAUUUUGUAUUCAAUAUAAUGCAUUAAGAUAAAAUCUUAUCGAAAUCUUAUCAUUUGCGGUCGAGAGCGGACUUUUGUAAACAAACUGUUUGAUAAACUAUGUGAUAAAAUGGUUUGGUGAUUGUGUGUUGUGAUGUUUGUCAAAUAAUUUGAGAGAAGACAACAAAAUUUCUAACCAUGAGGUAUAAUAAGCAAGAAUUAGUGGCACUGGCGUCUCAAUCGUCACAAAAUUUCGACCGGGAAGGGGUGAUGGUGAUGAAAGAACGGCAGGAUGGAUUCUUUAGACGAUCUGAAGGUUGUUCGGUUCGAUGGUUCAGACUUAGAGGCAACCUGUUGUUCUACCUCAAAGGACCAGAGCCAUGGGAUGAGCCCAUGGGGGUCAUAGUCCUAGGAAACCACAAAGUUAAGGUACAAAAUCAAGAUGAAAAUGGACACUGGCCAUUCCACAUUGUUUGGGAGAACGGGGUGUCUUAUAGGCUGGCAACAUUUCAUGAGACUGAACGUGAUUUGUGGUUGAACGCUGUGGAACGUGCCCCGUUUGAGAAUAUAAAGAUGCAGGUGUCCAGCCUGCGACGCCGGCUCGUCCGGGGGUUCCCGGCCGUGCCACUGCCCAUUUACAGACUCCAAAAAGGAUUACAACUGGAUAUGAACGAAGUGCCGCUCUGCGAGUUGGCUAUUUCUUGCGAUAAUCUUCUAUGCGACGAUUUGGGGUACCCGCCUUCACCUGUGGUCGUCGUUACCGUGAAGACAUCGAACGGAGCUCACAUUAUUUAUGGAAAGACAGAGAACAUAGAGGCCAGUAGCAACCCGUGCUUCUCAAAGACGAUACUAUUUCGUCCUAGUGACGAACUGGCCGGCGAAGACCAUGUCAAACUGACCGUGUAUGACGUGAAGGAACCCGUCACAGACACCAUGGUGUACAUGGGCUCCACCAUCUUGCUCCUCAGAACAAUUCAGGAGGCACUCCGGCUGCGCGUCCCACUCACCGGUGAAGGAGGCAGGACAGUGGGUUUCAUCACCAUGAACACGUGGAGCCUAGAACCUUCAUACGUCGGCGCAAGUCCAAGCAGGGAGGUCGACGCUCAGAAAAUAUACUCCCAUCGACGUUCGCAGUCGCUGCCGCCACGACUGGGUCUAAAGCUUAUGUAUCCUUCGUACGGCUGCUUGUUCACUCAGAACUUCGUCAACCCCUAUCAGUCCACCUACAGGUUUCAUUCAGGACUCGGCGGUGAUAUCAACGUCCACGAAAUCAUGGCUGAAGUCAAAAUAUGCUACCAGAUGCCAAUUCAGUUGCUGGACAUCUUCAUAUUACGAGAGAGGGAGCACCUAGAAGAACUGCUCUCGGUGGGCGAGGUCUGCGUCCCGUGGCAAGCGCGCCAGAUACAACUCGUCGGCAUCCAUGUAUCGCUGAUGAAGCACUACGCUCACUGUAAGACACGAAUGGAACACAUUGACACUCCCUAUAUGAAGCCUAGCAGCAAGAAAAACGUCUCUAGUUUGGAGUUCGCUCCAACCAACUUGCACCUGCAGCGGAUGUGGGUGCACAACGACACGAUCAACAAGACGGGCUUCCACGACGUCGUCACCGCCGGCGCGUUCACUGCGCACACGCACACCACUGAACAGAAUGGAGGACUGCUCCGGCUGGUGCAGCUGAUGAAGGAGGGGAACAGCGCCAGGAUGCCGAUACUGUACGCGUCGGCCAACAAAAUACAUUCCGAUUAUGAGAACGUUACAGCCAUGCGCCACUUCAGGGAUGAGCUGGUAAACGACAUGAAUACAGUGACCGUGCUCGCUGCUGAGAAGAAGAGGGACCAGCUUCCUAACUGCAUUGACGAAAUCAAAAACAAACUCAACAAUUUCAUCAACCUCUACGACCCUAGUACUAUUGAGGAAGCGUUAUGCACCAUAAAGUUUCCGGAGUGCAAGAACAGAGAGACCAUGUCCACUCUGCAGUUGUACACUGAGAGGCUCAGCAUCUACGAUGCGACCACGAAGGUGUCGAAUGACUCGCUGACCGCGUCGCCGGCGCCGCCGUCGGCUUCCCAUACGUCGACACCCUCGGAAGGCUUCGUGCCGGUGGCGACAUGUUCCAGCGAGCCCUGCGUGCGUCCUCGAACCAUGGUCCUCGAGGACCGGCAGUUCGGCCAGCCAAGCCGGUCCAGAACCCUUCCCGAUUCGUACACCUUCGCGGAAGCGUCGGCCUCCAACAGCACCCUCCACCUCGACAGGAGCGCCACUUCACUUGAAAACGCCACUUUUAUGGCUAUGAUGGACAGUACCACCAGGAACAAGGCUGAGGGUUAUGAUUACCGCGGCGAGCCGGCGAAGGCCCCUGAGCUGGACGUGGAGAUACGCAAGCUGAACCUCGCGUACCUCAAGAAUGUGGCCACCACCACUGAAGAAGCCUUGAACGCGUACUACGCUGCCGUGAGGAAGUGUUUCGACUCCACUGUGGAGGAUAUAAAGAAUAAUUUUGAUGAGAUGGAGGAUUGCAUCCGCGCUGCCAAGAUUGCCAUGGAGUCGGUGAUCCGGUGGACCCGUGUGGCGCACGCUAUGCUGCGGCUGCGCUGUGAGCCGCAGUUGUUCACAUUCGAACACGCCUCACUGCAAAUCCGCCGUGACGCGUGCUUCUCGCAAGCGCUGACGACAGUAUCGGCGGGGCUGGUGUGCUGGUUUAACUCGAUGCCGCCGGACAUUGUGGUGAAGGUGCUGAGCACCGGGGCUGGGCCUCUGUGCGGCUUCGAGGGCCUGCUCAGCCUGUACGCGAGCGAGGACUCGAUGUGGGGCGACAUGUCCGUCGCCGUCGAAGACUUGCAUUCUGUCGUCUUCGUGCUAACUAAAGCGGCUCACAAUAACACCACACCGAGGGUGACGGGCGCUCGCGGUGCCAUCACGGUGUACAUCCCGGUGUCCGAAGUAUUAUUCAGCCACUUCGGGGCCAGACAGCAAUACACGUUCUGCGUGACGGCAGUGUUUUUCAAUAUCGGCAUCAACGAGAAGGCGGACCUGGCGGAGGCGGCCGGCGCCACCGGCCCGCAGUACCGCUCCAACUGCGACAACGUGAAGCGACUCUGCAAAUACUACCGGCAGUACCGGCGGACGUUCCCCGGGCAGCUCAUUGACGUGCGAGGCGGCAGGUCUCUAGAGGAGGUGAUUGAGACCCUCAAAGCCGUCGUCCAUAGGAGAAUCGAGAAGAACGUCGAGGUGCUGCACUUGGCUGCACUCGCUACUCGACUCAUGAAAGGUUUGAGAUUCACAUCGUGCAAGAGCGCGAAGGACCGUACUGGAAUGUCGGUGACACUGGAACAGACAACGAUCCUCUCCUCCGAUUACCACCUCGCCGAACAUGAGAAGCAGAAGGCACUUGAUAUCAUGCGCAGCGACGGCUGCCGGCGAGAGAACACGGAGAAGAACAUAAAUGUCCGGAAGUACGCGUUCUCGCGGCGGCAGGUGCUGGCUCUCCCCGAGGAGUAUCGACCUCCCGCCGGGUCAUACGGCGUCACGCAUACUUAAGCCGCUACACACUAUUACAUAACUAUACCCUGGUAACCGCAAUAUGUUUAGAAAUUCAGAAGGAUAGACAUGUAGCCAGCAGCGCCUAGUGCGAAAGUGACGGGAGAUGUCUUUUACAGCUUUGUUGGAAAGAGACGAGAGAUAAAUCAUUCUAAUCGUGUUACGUUUGACAGGGUAUAAUGAAUAAUCUUACCUCCAAACCAGUCGAUAAACCUCGUCAAUAGUUCGACAAGGAUUUUGUGUCACUUGGAUGACAUUGUCAGGAAGGCGCUGGUGUGUACGGUCACGAGCACUAAUUGAUACACUUUAAUACCAUGUCACAUUAUAUUUUUUGAAAAAUGAAACCUUAAGAACACGAAAUUCUCAUUCAAAAAAUUCUCAUUAAAUGUCAAAAUUCUAAAGUGGGUACAUGAUAUUACUCCUGACUGUACCAUCUCCAUACAUUCUCCAUUUAUAACAGGACACAAUGAUGUUUUCAUUGGAUGCGGCGUUAGUUCCUAUUAUGGCCUCGUGUAAAGAUCCUUGUCGCUGUAUACUAUCUUCGUACUAUAACUACCUUGCUUUCCUUUAAGUCGUACCUUUACCAGGAAGACGAAAUCUUCACGCUUUAUCGAUUAUUGGGGUAAUAUGAUUCAUAAAUAACAUUACUUCGUUCUUCCUCCAUAAUGUUUACACAGACACAAACCUUGACUGUGUUUCUGUACUUACACAUAAUUAUAUUUAAUUUAAAAAAAAUAGACCAAAAUCUUCCACUCUAUUUGUAGAAUAAGAAAAUAUUUUGUGUAUUUAAUCGAAUUUUCUGUAGAUUGUCCGUGGAUUGACGGAUUUUUUUGCGCUGUGGCCACUAAGUGAGUGGCAAGCGGAUCAUUUAGGACUGACUGGAAGACUUCAAAUCGCAUUAAAUUCGAUUCCCAGUUCCUCCUUUCUUUUCUAUUUCCUUUCCAUUCUAUUUUAUGAUCCUCACUUGUUGGCUCUAUUUACAAAAUUCUAGAACCUGCCAAAUUUAAAAUAAAUAAUGAGUCAAAAAGACAUAAAGAUUAAUACAAUACCGGGGGGAGUAAAAAGGCCAUUUUGACAUUUGCGCAUAUAAAAAAGUAAGUGCGCAAUGCACAUACAUGUCAAAUAGCAAUAUUGUUUUUUUAGAUGAAGUGCUUUGAUGUGGCCCUUUUCACCCCCUGGUCAUCUUUAGGAGUAUAAAUAAAAAUAAUGUCGUCUAUCACUCCGCUGGCCGCUGACUCCCUGGCCACCGCUUUCUGGAUACUACUAUAUCCUCUACUACUAUAUAUACUUUAUCCUCAUUUGGACUUCUAGACAUGUGGGUACAGUUAUUUACAUGGUGCUGAUAUCAGUACACACUAUCUAUGUUUAUUAGAUAUACCUGUCAUCUUCUUAUCCACCGAAAAGGAAAGAGACGAGUAAUCCAUAGGCAUAAAAUUUAUGGAACAAACGUCAAUUUUAGGCAGAAAUUUAAAAAACCCUUCCAAAAUGUUAUAUUGGCCAAUAAUCCGACAUAAUUAAGUUGACACGUCAAACGGAUUGCAUAUGUGCAAGAUGCCUAUUUUUUUUUUCAUUUUAAAACUAACAGUUGUAAAUCAUCCGUCCUUCUCCUUUUCGGCGAAUAAGAAAAUGACAGGUAUAACAAUAAAACUAGGAGGUGUCUGCAGGAAUCGAGGCCAAUAAAGUGAAAGCGGUAAAGUAGUAUUCUAAGUGCGGGUAUAUCAGGUAAUAGGCAUACUAAUAGUAAAAGUAGUAACAGAUCGUACAGUUAACGGGAAAAAUACUUAUUUUAAAUUAUUAUGGAUUAUAUAUACAUUUUUUUCGGGUACGGUUUUUUGCAUAGACAAUUUGUAUCCGUUUAGCGAGGGCAACUAAGGGUAUCAUCUUAAUUAAAAUAAUUUGUAGUCUCAUUUUCGGUGUAUAAAUUGUUUCCCGAGUAAUAUUGUUUAUUGAUAAGGAAACUGGUAGAUCUGUGUCGAUAUUUUUAGAUCGGUGAAAAUGUCUGAAUAAGGACACCAGCAGACCGGUGAAAACGUCUGAAUAAACAGUUGAAGUAGGUACUUACACCGUCUGUCAGUUAUACAUUUCGUUGUAAUUUUUUUGAUACGUAUAAAUUAUUUUUUUCAAUUUGAUAAUGAUUUAAAUUUAGAAUAAUGAUGAAUCUGAUAUUUUAUUUAAGUAGAAAUUAUUUACAUUCAAUCUUAAUCUGUAUGUCUUUAGCCUAUAUUAAAAGUGUUAAAAGCUAUGACUUAUUACAGUGCCAAAAUUUCCUAAAUUGGCUCCUCUGGCUGCCCAAAACAAUUGCAUGGCGUUAUGAGAAUGUUUUCAAUAUAUUUAAACACCUUUCUACGAAUGUCUGCUUUUUCUUACUUACGUAAUUCACAUUUAUAUCAAUUUGUUUUCAUUGGACAUGCAGUAAGUAUAAUGGAUGAUAGAAAAAUAUAAAACAAAUCUUUUUAAAUCACCGGUCUUCUCUCGUGUGGGUUGUGACAUGGCUCAUGUAACCAGUACCUACUUAGCAAAUAAUAGCCAGGGCCGACCGCUUAACGUGCCCUCCGAAGCACGGAUCGUCUUACUUUCGGAAAGUCGGGUAAUCAGCCUGCUACGUCCUAACCGAACUAGGGAUAACAAAGUGACUUGUGAUAUGACUCUCCGGGAUUCGAACCCGUGACCUCUGGAUUGUGAGCCCAACCCUCAGCUACUGGACCAUUGAGGCCGUCGACCGGUGAUACCUUAAUUUACUUACAUUGUAUGGAAAUAUUGUAUAAUGAUGAAUGACAAAAAUGAGCAAUAUAUUGGGAAAAGAUUUACAUUGACGCCAUGCAAGUAACCUAACUUUGGAUAACAAAAACUGACUGUUUAGUAUUAAGACCAUUUAUGUAUGCCAAGUACAAUAGUUAAAGUUGCCGAUUUGACAUACUGAUUUUGGUUAAAAUUUAAGGCUUUAUCCUGUCUCUUUCCCUCACUAUGCCUCUGCGGGAAAUCGUCAUCGAUCACAUAAAAAAAAACAAGCAAACUUUCCAAGUGUCAGAUCGGCACGAAACAAAAAAAAAAACAAAAAAAUAUUUCUGUUUAAAUGUUGUGCCACAUAGGAUGUACUUAAGAAUAGAAUUAACUAUUUUUCUCCCGGCAGUCACAUAUAUUAUAAAGUACUUAGUAUGUUACAUUUAAACGCACCUUUUAAAGUUGUUAGUUUAUUUAAAAUGUUAUUUAGCAUUUGUAAUUUUGUGUACUUAACAACAAACAAAGGCACGCGGCAAGAAUGAGUGCAGUCGGGUCUGCAUGACAACCGCGCCACGCGCGGCGCGAAUUAUAUCAAGCGCUUGGAACAAUAAACUAUACGAAUGCUAUCUACGUAGAUGGACGUCAAACGUCUAUUGGUCGAAGCGCUAAAUAUAAUUCGCGACACGCGUGCCGCGGUUGUCAUGCAGACCCGGCAGGUGUUUUAUUAGGUAACUCGUUGAAAAAAAAGCAUUUUAUGCAAAAUAGUUGACGUUUAAUUGUAACACUGCACAAUCAGCACUAAAAGUGUUGCCAUGUGCCAUAUUUAGCGCAUAUCUGCACAUAAAGAAUAUAAUAUAAACUGUUAUUUUAUGUAAUACGUAAGCUCUUGGUUUGCUGUUUUUCGAUUUUUAUUGUUCUUUAUAUUUUUAUUGUGUUGCCAUAUGUGUGUAAUCUCAGAAUUUAUCCUUGAUGUUAUGUUAGGUUUAACUUAGUUUACAUUACUAUUAUGAGAUAAGUUAGUCGCGUAAACGUGACGGUUAGUGUAAUUUGGGCACCGUUUGCGGUUCGGAAAAAACUGGUAAUUUCAACGAACGAGGAAUUUAGGUAAGGGGAGGUAGGGGAUAGAUGGACUUAGGAAGAAGUAGUAUCCUCAUAGGGGUUUUGUAUUACUAAUAUUUUAGCGAGCACGAUUACCUAUUAAUUGUCUAUUCUCUUGAGCUUCGAAGAUGGAAUAGGCAGGUCGAAAGCAAUGGGGCGACGCAAUUGGCCCAGCAUUGCGUACACCAGGGCACUGUCAACGGCACACAUGCGUGAUACAACUGCCCGGACCUCUAUCCCAUUAGCCAUGAGGAAAAUUCCCAACAACCUCCCGCGGUGUAAUAGUUCCAAAUCUAUAAUGUUACAUCGUUAUUUACGAUGACACCGAGUUACAGCCUUUCACAGACUCAUUUAGUAAAGCUUUAAGUUCAUCUAUUUCACUGAACACAACGGUAUUGUCUCUAUAUACGCCUCUGCUUACCCUUUUGGGGAUACAGGCGUGAUGCUACAUCGCAUGUAACAUUCAAAAAGUUUGGCGCGUAUGGAAGAAAAGUACUAAUCUGUGAAUGGACUAGAACUUGGAUAAAAAAUUUGAGUUUCGGGUAAACACAUAGGUACAACCCUUAACAUCAGCUGGGUUUAGAGUCUCUUGGGUAAAGCCAAACUCCAUCUUGGCUUAUCACCUGUCAUCAUACAGUUUUCUCGUGUCUUGAGACUUAGUUUACGUAAGGUCUCCAUUUUCCGCCGUAGAUUUGAAAACUUACCAUAAAUUCUACCCCGAACCACUUCGCUCAUUAGUACCACGACAUCACUAAAGCGAUCGUGUUUAUAAUCAGCCAAAUGACACCGAAUAAGUGCCAAGCUGAAUCGCAAACACAUUUAACUGAGAAGCUAGAUGUCUUGUAUAACGGUACGUAUGAUGCAGCGGUAUUAAAAGUUGCUUUUUUUAGUUUAUAUAUUAUUACAUAUAAACAAGGUUUUAGUGACACCGUAACGAAAACUUUGAGGGAUGACUCAUACUAUGAUUCUGAGUUGAUAUUAAGUGCAAUUUUCCAUCGCAAAUGUAAAUAAUUGAAUUGAAAAUAACUUUAAUAAAGUCACGAAUUUUGCGACGGAAUAUUCCUGUUGAUGUUAACUAAGAAUCAUGGUCUGAAUCAUUCCCCUCAGUAUUCGAUGUCAUUAACAACCUGUAUAUACAAAACAAUACCACGCAUACUAAAUGAGAUUGGAAAAUAUGUAAUACCCAAAUGACCCGCCAUAUAGUGACCGUACUGGUAUGUUAUGACCUUUUAAGGCUGUAAUACUAAAACUCCAAAUGAGUAAUUUAAAAUUAUUUAUGUAUAAUUUCAAACUUUAAUGCCCAGUUCACAUUAUUCUAGAUGCCAUAGAAUGCUUACUGGAAUAAUGUGAAUCAGCCAUAAAGUGGUAAGUCAGUGCAGAAUAUCAUAAUCUGCAUCGACUUACAAUGAAGGUUUUCUUUAAAAAGUUUAAUUGUAUUAUGAGAUAAUAUCAAUGAAUAUUUUUUUCGUAACCGUAGUUACGUACCUACUUCGAAAGGAACGCUGAACAUACUAAUAGUAUUAUGAACGAAUAAAAAAGGAUUUGACAAAAUAAACAGUACUUACUAUCAAAAUGUCCGUCUUCUUUUAUUAGAAAAUUACCAGCACCUAUUUCGGCACUGUAAUGUACAGUCAUGAGCAAUAUCAUGUACCCACUUUAGAACCCUGUCGCACUAUCAUAUUUGACAUUUAGUGACACUUACGGUUUAAUUUGUCAAAAAGUUAAUGUGACAUGGUAUCAAAGUGUAUACAUAUUAAUGCUCGUGACCGUACUAAUACCAUCUGCAGCAAACUGCGAUGAGUAAUAAUAUAAAAGUAUUACUUUUAGUAUGUUCAGCAGGACCCAGUUACCGUUAACGUAUCAUUAACUUUACUUUAGAUAAGGAAAUCUCGUAUUUAUAAUA